AUGGUCUUCAAGAGGGAAGAUGAGCUGAACAUCCCAGGCAAGGACCUGAUCUCAUGCUACUUUGACAACCCGAAAGUCGACGACAACAAGCCAGUCUACAUCGAUGCUCAGGAUCCGGAAAGACAUUACACCUUCGGCCAGGCACGCAGCACGAUCCGGAAGCUUGCAGCAGGGUUCCGCAAAGCAGGCCUGAAGAAAGGCGAUACCGUCUGUCUGCACGGGUUCAACGAUUGUAAAUACAGGGGGUGUAAAAACUAUGCCCAGGACUGUAGCAGCGGAACUACAGGCUUGCCAAAAGCAGCUACAGAAAAACGCCUCAUGGCCACGCCGAUGUUCCGCGUCGCCACAGCCCCCUGCACGCACUUCUCCCCCCUCCACAACGGCGUCUCCACCUACAUAAUGCACCGCUUCGCCCUCGAACCCUACCUCGCCUCCAUCGAGAAAUACCAAAUCACCGACGCCGCCACUGUCCCUCCCAUAUAUAGUCUCAAGAGCAUAAAGUUCGCAACAUGCGGCGCCGCCCCACUGGAGAAGAAACAACAGAAACAGUUCCAAGAGUUAUUGAGUGAAGGGGCGCCGUUCACGCAGGAUGAUGAUACGGGGUCUUGUGGACGGCCUGUGCCGGGGGUGGAGCUGAAGUUGGUGGAUGUUGCGGAUGAGAACAAGGUCCUGAACGACUAUGGCGUAAGAGGGGAACUCUGUGUGCGAGGCGAGACUAUCAUUCGCGGGUAUUUGGACGAGAACGAAACGGCCAAGGCCUGGGAUGAGGAUGGAUUCUUCCACACGGGGGAUAUUGCGUACUUUCGGGGGUUCCAGGUUGCGCCGCCGGAGCUGGAGGCGGUGUUUGUUGGAGCAUCCGGGUGUAGUGAAGCGGCGGUGAUGAGGUAUAUGGGAGAACGGUUGGCGAAGUUUAAGAAGCCGGAUGGGGGUUUUGUGUUUACGAAUGAGAUUCCAAAGAACUCUAGUGGAAAGAUUCUGAAGAAGGAUCUCAGGGAGCGGGCGGCGCAGGAGAUGAAGAAGGAGAAGCAGACGGCGAAGCUGUAG